CUUUUUUCUGUCUCUCCCCUCUGUACUUUAUAACUAUUGCACCCCAGCGCUUUCUUUCCUAUACCUAGGGCCAGGCAAAAAUGGCGACAGUGCAAAACCCCGACACAUCAUACAACGACCCGCAACAUCAGUCGCAGCAGCUGCAGGCCCAGCCAUCCUCUCUAUCCAACGACGACACCAGCACGCCCAAACAGCACCUUGAUGUCGGGAACCACACAGCGACGUCGAUCUCCCAGCCGAGGAUUGUAUUGGACGACCCGCCAGCCUCGGCCUCGGUGAACCAACAGCCGCUAAGUCAACCCAUAGCUGCGCACGGAGGAGGGAUGGGACAUGUAGGAGAUUCGUACGCCGUCGGUGCACCCACUACUUCAGAAAAACUAGCAGACAACCUCGUUCUGAGUGUAACUCUCGUGCUCGCAGUCCUCUUCUGGAUAAUGACACUAAUAACCCAAUCAAUCGUCACCGCCCGACGCGGUAACUUAACAGUCGGAGCCGCAUGGUUCGGCCUCUUCCUGCAACUCCUCCUCAUCCUCCUCCUCUCCUCCCUCCUCUUCAACCCUCACACCUUUUUGCCACCGCACCACAUCCAACUAUCCACCCUCGCAGCCCUCGUCCUCGUCUUCGCUGCCUACGCAGUCGAGCGGAACAUCCACGACCCGCCGGACCCCAGCCAGCGCGCGCUCGCCGCCGCCUGGCUCCUCACCAUCUUCGUCGACUUGGUGUGGGUUAUGUACUUCACGGCCCCGCCUGGCAGCCUUAUCGCGCGCGUUGUGGAGAAUGGAAGGGGCCCGGCGGUGCACCCUGCUGCUCUGGGUGCUUACACCCCCGGAGCAGGUGUAGGCGUUGGGGGAGGACAGAGUGUUGUUAAGGGCGGUCUUGAAGGCGGCGCCAACACGGGAAUGACGCACACACCGAUGGAACUCGCGCCUCUCGGUCCAACACCACGACAUUCCGCCAUCCGCACCGCGUCCAUCACCCAACGAUCCUCCGGGCCAGGCGUAGCCGAUACCUCAACGGAAGUCUCCAACCUCGGUGUCCCUACUAACGGAACUGGAAUUGGAGGAGGGGGAUCGGUGGUGGGCAGCGAAACAGGCGGCAGGAAGAGUCCAUGGAGCUUUGGUGGACGGGAUAAGGAGAGGGAGAGGGAGCAGGCUGCGAGAGCGCAGCAGCAGCAGCAGGCGCUGCAACAACCCGUCUCCCCCGGUGGUGCACAGAGCGAUUGGGCGAGGGAGAUGCAGAGUUUGCCAAAAGCUGAGGCGUUGUUCGGAUACACUGCGGCUAAAGAAGACCCGGGCGAACUAUCGUUCAAGAAGGGCGAGAUUUUGUAUAUUUUGGAUCGUUCUGGCAAGUGGUGGGAGGCGAGGAAGGCGGAUGGGACUACUGGCAUCGCUCCCUCGAACUACCUCCGACUCGUCGAGUAA